AAUAACUUGAACACCCCUAUCGUCAUUUGAAGUAAUCGAAUACACAUAAACGUCAUUCGAAGUCAUCGCUCAUUCGAGCGAUCGGAACAGCCGAUGGGCUUAAAACUGAUUGCAAUAAACGAGACGAGUCAGUUGAUUCGGAACCUCCAAACGUAUCAGAUCGCUCUAUUCCUUGUCUCGUAUUCACGGUUCCCAUACGUCUCGCAUUCUUCGCUUUGUCUUUCCACCUGGUUGGACUGUUUCGCGCUAGUUCUUGGCAGUACAUAAAAGUGGCGACGUGGAUUAAGAGUAUUCAGCGAGCGAAUUGUCGACGUUCUGGGAAUUCCCAUACACUAUCCAACGGGAUCAAAACAUCGGAGAAGGCGGGUGAAGGUGAAUCCUUCUAUUGUCCUCGAUUGCGAGCGAAGUUCGGAUUCGGACGACUCCAGAGGUGGUUUUGAACCGGAAGGUCGGGAAAAGUUUCGACAAUUGGAUUUCCUUUUCGUGAUUAUUAUUUAUUUAUUAGGGUUUGCAUUUUUUUAUUAUCUACCGUAUAAUGAGUGCCAGUGUAGCGUAUUCGUUGGAACCCUACCGCAAGGGAACAUCCUUUAAUGACUGGUUUACCCGGUUAAAGUACCUUUUCCGGGUGAACAAUGUAAAAGAAGAAGAUAAAAUGGCAUUUUUCAUCACCAUGAGUGGUCCGGUGAUAUUUGCCGAGAUCAAACUGCUCUUUCCGACAGGCAAUUUUGAAGAAGCUUCAUUGGACGAUAUUGUGUCAAAGCUCAAAAACCGCCUGGAUAAGACGGACCCUGAUUUGGUACAAAGGUACAAAUUUAGUACCAGAGUACAAAACCCAGACGAAAGCACGGAAGAUUUCAUUUUGAAUUUAAAGCUUCAAGCUGAAUUUUGCGGCUUUGACAACUUUAAGGGGGUUGCUAUUCUGGAUCGGUUGAUAGCGGGUAUUAGAGACAAACACCUUAGACAACGACUUCUAGGGGAAGAAGCUUUAACUUUGGCAAAUGCGGAGAAGAUUAUUGCCACAUGGGAAGUAGCUCGAGUUAACGCAGGUACGGCAGAUCAAUCAAAUAUAGGACAUCCGGGAAUGAUAGCUGCAGUGAAUUCAAGAUCCUAUGAACAACGUGGAGUAGCGGCGGCAAGAUUGUCUCAAGUUUAUGAUUUAUCUCGAAAAUAUCAGGGCAUUGGGAACAACGAGGGCAACACUAACAACAGGGGACCGGUAAGAAGCCGUUUAGGGUUUAGACCUGCGGAAAGAUGGCAGCAGACAAAUCGAGUUGGACGCGGAAACGAAGCAGUCAAUUAUCGUACACAAAAUGGACGUCGACAGUGGGUACGACCAGACUAUUCCCAGAUGAUUUGUAACUACUGCGGUGUCAAAGGCCAUAUCCGGAAGAAGUGUUUCAAAUUAAAAAAUUUGCAUCGGGAUGCGGUGAACAUAGUCGAUUCUUUUAAACCGGGGCCAUCGGCAGACAGGCACAUUUCAGAGUUGCUAGAAAGGAUGCAGACCAGAGACGAUGAAGAGGAUGAUGAUAGCGACACAGAUAUGCGUUGGAAGCGCGGAAACAAUGGCGCACAGGACGCAGAUCAGAGUCUGUAAGGGGAACGAUUCGUGGCGAGGGCCUAAUGUUUGGAUCACCAGAAAGAAGCACCAUGACACGACGAUAGACGAAGGCUUAGGAACACCUGUAGUUGAGCCGCCCAAUGGCGAAGAAGAAUUGGAGCAGGCUCCGAAGGGAGGUAGAAAGCGGAAGCGUCGUGAAUCGAUGAGUGA